AUGAGUCCCUCAUGCAGAUCUAUCAAACCUCGCUUCACAUCACUCUCACCAAGCCCUGAAAUUACAGAAGGCUUGAAAAAGGCUGAUAGAGCCUGUGAGAAGUGCACGCGUACCAAGAAGAAAUGCGAUAAAUCGUUGCCUGGCUGUUCGCGCUGUAAGCGGCUCAGCAACAAAUGCUGUUAUGACUAUAUGUAUACUCCCUCCGUCACAACAGUCAUAAGACCGGAGCAUGCCAUAAAAUCUCCACCUCACAUACCGGGGACGCUCAAGCCGUUCCUCGAUAUUUCCAGCUCUAUGAUUUUAAGCCUGCUUUCUUCACGGAACGCCAUUCCGAGUCACUCAGUUCAACACUACCUGGAGACUAUAAACCCAUACCUUACUAUAGUUCAUCCAGAGCUCUUUGCCUUGCGCACCAAUAUUACCGGUUCUGACUCGUUUUCGGAUCAAGAGCUUCAGGACCCUGCGACUACCCUUCUGGUUGUAUGCAUGCAGCUCUUUUCUCAAAACGAUGAUUCAAGUAUCAAAGGAGAAGAGAAUGCUGGCAGGGCUGUCUAUCGGUCCGCCAAGCAAAUCUUGAGCGUCCUGCGAGCCAUUGAUAGCCCAAGUAUCGAGCUUGUUCAGUGUUCUAUUCUGCUCGCAUUCUACGAGUAUACCCAUGAGGAUCUUGGGCGUGCUUAUCUGAGUAUCGGAGAUGCCAAUACUAUGGCUUUGAUUCUACACGUGGGCCCUGGAAAAUACCUUGAGGACGAGCGGGAAGCGUUGAUCCCUUACGAGGAGGAAGAAAGGCGCUGCGUUUACUGGAGUCUCUUUGUGCUCGAUCGGCUAGUCCAAACGGAUUAUUCUCUUCUCCAUAUGCCGCACCAGAUACCGCCUGCAGUUGUAUCUCCUCCCGCGGCCGACGAUCUUCUUCCGACGAACCAUUUACUUUGGUACGAUGAGGGCCAGUCGCCUUACUACGUCACGCAGCGAUACCCUGCAGAUACAGAUUUCUCGGUGCCGGUCGGGGCCUUCCAAAGGAAUUGCCAAUACGCCAUGCUCUAUACUGGAAUAUCCCCCCCUCAAUCCCCUGUAGGCCCAAUGGCCUUUGAUUUGGCUAAUCCUAUUGUCACCUCGGUGUUGCCUGAAUAA